UCGCGGGUUAAGACACAGGAUUGUUUUGUGAUGGGUGGUGGAAGCGAAUUGCGGAUUUUUUCUCUUUUUAUGGAGAUCGAAGUGAACAGAUUUCCUACUGUUGAAAGCAAGUUUUAUCCCGACAAGAAGCAAAUGGUGGAACAGAGGAUUCUUUAGGGGCAAAAAGGAUAUUUACUCAAGAGAAUAACACUUUUCACGCGCAGUUUUCCCAACAGAGAAGGGGUUUUUUUUCUGGUCCGCAACAUUGGAUUGGAUUUUACUGUUUGACUGACGCAGCAUCCUUUUGGAGUAUCUUAUUUGGAGAUUUCCGUCCUUUUAUUCCACAUUUCUGGGAAGAAACUAGAGAAAAAAAAACAAGUUAUGGAGAUGCCAAUGAAAUAAAAUCUGCAUAUUCAGGUCAAAUGACCGCUUUUACUCGUUUUCCCAUCUGACCACCUUAUUUAUGACAUGGAAAAACGAGGACCCCACAGCGUCCUUUAUUAUUUCAUUCUUAAUGCGCCCCUGCUACUCUGUGUAAAUGCCACAUUUUCUGAAGUGCCCAAAGAUGUGACUGUCGGUGAGGGCGAGGACAUAGAGAUGCCGUGCGCUUUUCGAGCCGUCGGAGUCUCGCCGUUCUCCCUGGAGAUUCAGUGGUGGUACCUCAAGGAAGCGGCCCCGAAAGAACUCGCUCACGAACUGCAAAUUAGCGCUCCGGCCAACAGAGCCAAGGUGGCCCCCCGGGACGCCACGAAAAUCAGCACGGUGAGGGUCCAGGGCAAUGCCAUUUCCCACAAGCUGAGCUUAUCGGCUGUGAAGAAGGAGGAUGAAGGAGUGUAUGAGUGUCGGGUUUUGGACUUGUACUCAGAUGAGACUCAGGAAUUUAAGGUGCAGGCCACACUGCGCGUGACUCCACGCGAGGGAAUGCUGGCCGAGGAGGCCGUGUCUCACAUCCAGAACCGAUGGCCUUUGAGGAACAGCAACACAGCGACAGGUGGACGGGCCACUUCUGAGCCGGGCCAGGGUCAGGGAAAACCCCACGUGCCUCCGCCGGCUGGAAUGGGACCUGCUCCCGCCUCAACGACUACGACCAGCUCUGCAGUCAAGUCGUCCGCUUCGCCUCGGCCAGGCAAUUCAUCUAUCCUGAGACAACAGCACGGAUCCGGUUCUGGAACAAUGGCGUCCACUGAGCCUCUUCUUUACAUCACUCUACUGAUCCUGUAUAAGCUCCUCCCCUUCCUGUUUGCCUACUAAGAGACCACAGCCAAACAACUCGCAAUUAAUUCACUUUAUGUACCAAACGACAAAGGGAAAAUAUAACUACUUAUAUAUAUAAAUAUAUAUAAAUAUAUCUACCAUUAUGGCACAUCACAGAAACAGGGAUGGGUUUCGACUUUGG